AUGACUGACCCGGUCCCAGCUGGCGCCAUCCGCCGCUACCUACUCUACUGUACCCUCCGGCCAUGGAGCCGUUCUGCCUGCUAUCCUGCCCUGUCAGUCGCCCUCACCAGAUUCCCGAGACCAGCACUGCUGCGACCCUGCGCGAGGUUCGAAUCGGGUCCAGAUCGCGCUCGCGCCGCAGCCACAUCGAGCAGGUCCGUACUUCCCCCUCAGGGCCCUGGCAAGCCUGGAAGAAUAGCCUCACGAGUCCCCAGGACCCCUCAUGCCCUCGUCGCGCCCGGAGGGACUCGGAGGCCGCUCUCACCCGUCGAUCCCUCCGCCUGGCUUCCUGUCACGUCCACCUCGUCCUCGUCCUGGCCGUGGCUCCGCGUAUUCCUGCAUUCCCGUAUUCGCCGUUGA